GAGGCGGGGAGCACACAGGCCAAGUCGGUGGGCUUGCUGGGAAAAGAGGCCCCGGCGGGACUCGAGACAGACACCCGAGAUCCAAGUGGGCGGCCGAGGCGGGCCGGACGCCGCCGCCAUGCCUACUUGCGGGGCGUCCCCCGAGCCCCCUGACCGCUUUGCGGUAUUUGCGGAAACCGAGGACCGAGUGCGGCAGCAGCAGCUCUGCGUGGAGCGUAUCUUUGGCGUGAGCAUGAGCGUCCUCCCCAAGGACUGUCCCGAGAACCCUCACAUCUGGCUGCAGCUGGAAGGACCCAAGGAGAACUUGAGACGAGCCAAGGAGUACCUGAAGGGGCUCUGCAGCCCUGAGAUGCAGGAGGAAGUCCACUUUCCACCGGAACUGCACUGCAUCUUCCUGGGUGCCCAUGGCCUUUUCCUGGACUGUCUGGCUUGGAGCACGGGUGCCCACCUGGUGCCCAAGGCACCAGGCACUCUGGUGAUUGGUGGUCUGAGUGAGGCCUUUGUUAUGGCUCAGAGCCGCGUGCAGGAUCUGGCAGAGAGACUGAGCGAUGACUUUCGGUCCCCAGGGGCGGCUCUGGGUGCUGCGGCAACCAGUGACUUCUUGGUCUUGCUUCAGUCCCGGCAGGACAUGCAUGGGACAGCCCUGCUGCAGCUGCCCCUCGCUGUCCAGGAGGCGCUACUGAGCUUGGUACAGGAGGUAGCCAGGAGCCGGGGGCCGCAGGGGCUCCCAUCUUGGAAGGAGAACCCUGGGGAGGGGAACUCCGGCUUGCAAAGGGCUCCUGCAAGCAGGGCAGACAGGGGCUCCCUGGACGCUGGGUCUGUGGGGUCAGGGGAUUCAAAGGUAGCAAAGGAAGAGGGCCAGGCUGUGCCAAAGGAGCAGGGCAAACUGGGCAGCCCUGGGCAGCUGGAUUCACAGCGGAAGCAGCUGAGUGGGGAAGAGGCCUGGGAUAGAGAAGUGACUUUGCAGCCCCAGAUGGUAGGAGGUCGGGGAGGGGAGAUGGGGUCCCCGAAAGGCAAGGCCCUGGGGAAAGAGGGCAUGACUUCAGACACAGGUGGGGUCAGUGUGGCAGGAGAGCCUGCGGGUGCCCAUGGGUACUCUCCAAGGGCGACUCAGCCCCGUGGGGCCUCCCUUCUGCAGCGGCUCCACAAUGGGACCACCUUGCCCCCGAGGGUCCCUAGCCCUCCCUCGGCACCGGAGCCCCGCUGGUACUCUGUGGACCGUGGGGACCGGGGAGAUAAGCCGCAGGCUGGGGCUCGGGGCCGUGGGUCUCCGUGGAAACGAGGUGCCCGUGGUGGCAACUUGGUGACUGGCACGCAGCGUUUCCAGGAAGCCUUGCAGGAUCCGUUCAACCUGUGUCUGGCCAACGUGCCUGGCCAGCCCGGCCUCCGCCAUAUUGUCAUUGAUGGCAGCAAUGUGGCCAUGGUGCAUGGACUCCAGCACUACUUCUCCAGCCGGGGCAUUGCCAUUGCUGUGCAGUACUUCUGGGACCGUGGUCACCGAGACAUAACUGUCUUUGUGCCUCAGUGGCGCUUCAGUAAGGAUUCCAAGGUCAGAGAGAGUCACUUCCUGCAGAAGCUAUACUCGCUCAGCCUGCUCUCCCUCACCCCUUCGCGAGUCAUGGAUGGCAAGCGGAUCUCCUCCUACGAUGAUAGGUUCAUGGUGAAGCUGGCUGAAGAGACUGACGGGAUCAUCGUCUCCAAUGACCAGUUUCGGGACCUGGCAGAGGAGUCCGACAAGUGGAUGGCUAUCAUCAGAGAGCGCCUGCUGCCCUUCACCUUCGUGGGGAAUCUCUUCAUGGUUCCCGAUGACCCCUUGGGGCGCAACGGACCCACCUUGGAUGAGUUCUUGAAGAAGCCAGCCAGGGCACAGGAGCCCUCUGAGGCACAGCAGCCUUCCAGAGGCUUUGCAGGACAUGGGAGUAAACAGCAGGAGAAAGAAGAGGAAAAAGGCAGUAGUGGCAUUCGGAAGAGCCGGGAGACAGAGCGGCUGCGACGGCAGCUGCUGGAGGUGUUCUUGGGUCAGGACUACAAGGUGGACUUCAUCCUGCAGCGGGAGCCCUACUGCCGGGACAUCAACCAGCUGUCUGAGGCCCUGCUCAGCCUCAACUUCUGAGGCUCAACUUCUGAGGUCCCAAGUGGCUGUCGCCCCGUCAGCCCUUACCUGCCCUGAGCUUAGCUGCCUCCUGGGAGGGAUGCCCCCCAAUGCUGCUCACACUGACCAGGCCUCCCACUGAGCUGGUUGCUUGGGCGGGGAGGAUGAACAGAUUCACCAUGGGCAGUGCUCUGGCUUGGGGCCCGUUUGGGGGACAAGUCCCCAGAGUGACCAGGUCUCGUCUUGCUUUGGAACCUCAGUCAGCUUUCAAGAAAUUCUGCCCAGCCUUAAUGUCUCACCUUUGCCUUAGCACAGGGUUUUUGUGGAGAAAGGGUAAGUCUUCAACACAGGAGCUCUGGGCCGCAUUGCCUGGGCUGGGCCAGGGCCAAGGCUGCAGGGAUAGGACGGGGCGAGGAAGUGGGACUGCCAUGCAUAGCCAGAGGGCGGGCUUCCCAGGUCUGGCUGGGCUGCUCGAUGGGCUCAAUGGCUCUGGUGCCUUGUAGGUUGUGUCACAGUGAGCUGGUGAGCAGGGUGGAGGGAGAUUUGGUUCCUGCAGGGCUGGCUCUUGACUGAGCUGGUUGGCCUUCACAUCUGCCUAGGAAUCAGCCCAUGGGGAGAAGACAGGAGAGCAGAGGCUAGCUCCUUGCAGGAAAGGUAUUUGCACCAAGUCUUGAUUGUGCCUGCCUGUGGCUGCACAGGCUUCUUGACCAAAACCUCAUUUUCUGAGAUUUAGUGGUCCUCCACAUCUCAUUUUAACAUUACGUCCUCAGUAACUUGCCCUGAAAUGGCUGCAUCCCUUUUGGGCAACCUCCCAAAUCCGCAUUUAUAGCAUGCUAAAUUAGGACCAAAAUACACUCAGGGUUCCUGUGCAUGGCAGCUCUCCCGUCACAGUCAGGUGUUUGUUUACAAAUGAACAGAUGUGUCAGAGUCCUUGAUCAGGUGAACUCACUGCAGUGUGGGAGCAUUCCUGAAAUCAACCCUAACAUUUUCUCUCCAGCAGACACACAAAAGUAAGGCACACUUGGACUUUGUGUGUAUGUGCACUGGGAUAGGGGGGCUGGCAGAGGUUGGACCUAGAUGGACCCAUCACGUGGGAAAUGGAGAACUAAAGAAUCCAGCAUUGGAAGUUCGCUUAUCAGCCGCCAGGCCAACCCUGCUGUUGUGAAAUCCAGUCUUGCUCUUGCCACUUGAUUCCUAGCGGUCACUGUCCCCAAGUCCAGCCUUCAGUUCUAUGCCAGGGAAUGCAUUGCCUGCCAGGGCAGUUUAGCCCCUGGAUGCGCAAUACUCAUCCAUAGUCCUUUAGUGCAGUUCCAGAUGGGCUUUUCUUUUCCUUCUAUUUUGAGGCUGAUCACUUCCCCCCAAGGAUCAGUCCAGAGCUGGCCUAUCUCCGAGUCCUGCGGAGGUCCUGGACUCGGGCUGCCCCAAGGGGCAUGAGGAGCUCGAUGGCAUGUGGAGGAGCGGAAUGGAUGAUGAGGUAGAUGGUCCCGGGGUCCUUGUGUCUUCACUCUGACCUGCUGGUCCCUUACAUUGGGCCGUAUUUACCUUGCCAGGGGCAGGUGGCCAGGCAGCUAACAGUGACUUGGACAACCUACAGAUUUUUAGGGAGAGAUUGGCUAAUAUGGUCUGACACGGGGUCGGUGGGGGUACUACUUCUGGUUAAGUUUAACAGGUGUCAAUUAGGUACAUAAAAAGGGUCUUGGUUGAAUAUUUGGGUUUUUUUUUUCCCCCCUAGAGGGUUAGGAUUAUAUAGUGUGUUCCUAGAGCGCUAGGUUUAUAUAGUUCUUUCUUGGUUUCUUGCCCUUUUCACUUUGUGAUGCUGGACAUACAGAAGUGUCUUCUGUAUUUGUAUGCUAAGGGUCUGUGUUGACCGAGCGGUCCCAAUCAGAUACAGCACAUUUUCGUCUUCUUAAACACAGGGCUGUUGGCUCUGUUCUGUCGCAGCUUGGUAAAUGGGCACUGAUGUGUGACUGCCAUUUGAGGACGCAGACCAAAGGCUGACAUACCUGGGGCCUUGCCCUUUUCCUCUGCUUGGCAUCCUAAUGACAGUCUUUGAGUAGGUAAACAGAAUCCACUGGAAAUAGGACAUCCUUUCUCUUUCCUGGCUUGUAAUUACUUCCUUCAUUGUACUCUCAUGUUCUAGAUUUGUGACCAGCUCUUUGGUAACAGGGAC